CCUCACACCAUAGGGAGGAGAAAGUGUGUGAGAAGGAGUGUGUCUAAGGGAAAGUAAGACCAUGACAGGGUGGAUUUGGGUCCAAGAAGAUUCACCUGGAGUGGAUUGUGGAGUUUUUCUAAGCUGAGCGUUGGUUCUGGACCCGGCACCGGUGUGGACCAGUAGAAGUUAUUUCGCAUGCGAAUUUAAAACGUCUUACUUCCUUUGAUUAAGGGCGAUCGGUCAGCUGAGAGACGUCCUGAAGAAGACAAAACCAAAGUCACCAAAGUUGUGUUGAACCUGAGACUUUAAGCUGUUUCUGGACGUCCAGCAUCUCAUUUGAUUUGCUGUCAGCCAUGGACUCCCUGGGGGUGCCGUACCUCAACAAGGAGGCUCUCUGCUCCACCCUGGGUGGCGCCCGCCUCUGCCAGUUAGCUAUGGGGUGUGCUGUGAUCGCCAUGGUGACCCACAGCGCCGGGUACAGCGGGUCACAUGGCGUGUUCUGCAUGGCGGCCUGGUGCUGCUGCUUCGCCGUGUCAGCGGCGGUGUUCUUCCUGGACGCCACCCGUCUCUACAACUUCCUGCGGGUGUCCUGGGACAACCUGACGGUCACCUGGGCUGCCUGCGCCACGCUCAUGUAUGUGACAGCCUCUGUGGUUUACCCGCUGUUCUUCGUCCAAUCCGAGUGUCCGUACGAAGGCUGUGAAGUCCGAGAUUUCCGCAUCGCUGUCACCGUCUGCUCCAUCCUGGGUACUCUGGCCUAUGGGGCCGAAGUGGCCCUGUGCCGGGCCAGACCAGGGAAGAUAGUGGUGGGCUACAUGGCCACCAUCCCCGGGCUUCUUAAAGUUGUCCAGGGCUUCGUCUCCUGCAUAAUUUUUGGAGCUCUUGCCAACGGGAGCCAGUUCUUGCGUUAUGCCGCCACAAUCUACUGCAUGGUCAUCUACGCUUCCUGCUUUGCUCUUACUGCCCUGGUGGUCAUACUGACUGUGUGUAAACGCACCAAAACUGUGAAGUGCAUGCCUUUUGACCGCUUUGUGGUGGUGUGCACCUUCAUGGAGGUUUUGCUCUACCUGAGUGCUUCCGUUGUGUGGCCAGUUUUCUGCUUUGACACAAAAUAUGGGUCUCCAUGGAGACCGUCGUCGUGUCCGCAGGGAAAAUGUCCUUGGGACAGCAAAGUGGUGGUGGCUGUUUUCUCCUGUGUGAACUUUGGGCUAUAUCUGGCAGACCUGCUUUACUCACAGAGGAUCCGAUUUGGCUCAUCACGUGUACCCACUAACUCGCGGGUGUAGAACCAGUCAGAACCCUUGACUGUUUUUAACUCCAACUAAUUGCUCAAGAACAAAGCACCAAGAGGAAAUACCUAUGUAUAACCAAAUAAAAGGCAGGAAGGGUAGUUCA